GAAUACAGGCCUCCUGCUAAUGCCAGUCCUCUUCUACCGUCGAAUUACAGCUGGGCCGGCACGCAGUUGGACAAUCACCGAGUCAUAAAACGACUAAUAGAAGCAAAUUGGUAAUAGAGACAGCCUGGGCAGAAGAAUGGAUCAAAAUCCUCAACAGCGCAGAAUCCCUCAAAAUGUCAUCUCAGUUGGGGGUUUCCGGCAGGCUAAUGUUCCCACCGAGGAGCGAGGAAUCAUCAUCGGAGACAACGUCCAGUUUGGAAGAGUGAGACGUCGCUCCAAUUUGUCUCAGUCUGAGAGCUCAGGGGCUGAAGAGGAGCGACUGGGCGGCUCUAUGGAGGCAAGUUGUUCCUACGGGCGCAGCCCCAUCAUUCAGGGCAUGCAGGCUGAGGCGGUUUGGUACAGCCGCCCCGCGUAUGAGCAAGCCGAAGGCGACUAUCACCGGCGACUUGCCUCUAACGGAAACGGGCCGCUGUCGUCCUCACCGCGGAGCCCAAGCACUAAAGGGACUUUGACGUUCCACUCCAGACGCUUAAACGAUCAACGGCGAGAUGAGGGGAACGGCGUCAAGACUGUGAAAGCGUCCGGUACCCCUCACCGUCAACCGGGCAAGGGUCGCAAUCGCACUUCCUCUGAGACAGAGCAGGGAGGCAAAGGCAGCAGGGGGCCGAACCCGAGGAAGAGGGGCUUCUCCGAGACUGAAGGCAGGCCAAAAUCGGACAAUAUCAACAUGAGUGGACUCCAGGGCCUCGCUGCUGAGAACAUCUGGUUCGACAAACACCGCUACGAUGAAGCAGAGACGCGCUUCUACGAGGGAGCGAAUGGCCCUGCCACCCAGCAGCAACAGGGGGGUCCGGCCAAAGCAGCCCAGCAGCACUCCAAAGGUCGCCAGCAGAAGCGGCAGCACAGGAACUCGUCUUCUCAAGGAGGAGACCAGGAGCUUGUUACACGAAUGAAGAGCCUGGAGUUGGAGAACCAGACUCUGCACAAAGUGGUGGAGGAGAUGAGGACAGCUCUGCAGAAGCUGGAGUCCAGAGUGGCCGUGUUGGAGAAGUCCCCUGCACCAGCAGCUGUCCCCUGUGCUAAGGCAGCACCAGUCCAACAGGUGAAGGUAACCAAUGGCGAUGAUGCUGAUGACGACAUUGACUUGUUUGGCAGCGAUGAGGAAGAUGAGGAGGCAGAACGCCUUAAACAGGAGAGACUGGAAGCCUAUGCUGCUAAGAAAGCAAAGAAACCUGCCGUCAUUGCUAAGUCCUCCAUCCUGCUGGAUGUCAAGCCUUGGGAUGAUGAGACUGAUAUGGCGAAGCUGGAGGAGUGUGUGCGCUCCGUGCAGAUGGAUGGGCUCCUAUGGGGGGCUUCAAAGCUGGUCCCAGUCGGUUAUGGCAUCAAGAAGCUGCAGAUAAACUGUGUGGUUGAGGAUGAUAAGGUCGGCACAGACAUCCUGGAGGAGGAGAUCACCAAGUUCGAGGAUCAUGUCCAGAGUGUAGAUGUCGCUGCCUUCAACAAGAUCUAAUCCUCUGCUGCUCCCAGCAUUUGUGGAUAUUAAAAAGCUGAAUCUAAAGCA